AUGAACACCCUCCGCUCCCUCCUCUCCUGCUUGCCCAUGAAGGGCAAAAAACAAGACUUCUACACCGAACUCAUUUACGACACCACAGACGGCGAGAAGAUAGCUAUCUACCUGGAAGAUGAUGCCAUCCCUUACACAGACGAGGACAUCCCCCUCUACCGCGACGAAGACACCGCCGAAAAGGAGAAGACACCCUCGACCUCAGGCAAAGAGGAUGCCCUCAUGCCAUACACAGACGGAGACAUACUUUUCUCCCACGGCCAUAUCGAUAAAGACUUAAUUGCCGACCCUGUGCCUCUUCACGUCGAGAAUGCCAGCCUUUUCCCGUCUUCUCCAGCAAUGCCUUUCCCCAAUCCAGCACACGCUAUCCUCCCCUCUCUCCCAAAUCAACACCUCUUCCCUUCCCCCUUCACUUUCUCCACCAAACUCCCAAAUCUGAAAGAAAUUCCUAGCCCAGAAGACCAACAAGUCGCCCUGCGCUUCGUCACCCUCCUCGUUACACUCCCUUCCACCCAUCCAACACCCGCCCAGCUCACAGCAGUCCUCUUCCACACAGUCGACGCAAUCGGACAAGGCAGGGAGAACCUCGGUCCAGCAAUGAGAGAGGCUUUGGAUGAAAUCGUGCCUGUGGCAGAUGAAGUUUUUAACUUCCCCCGGAACCACCCAGAGAGUUUGGGGGGUUUCCUUAUGAUUGUGGGGGUCGGGGUACUGGGGGAGAUGAUUGGAGGGUGGGCGGUGGGGAAAUUGGGGUUUGUUUUUGAGAAUUUGAAUGAUGUUGAAGGGGAAGGGGAGAUUGGGGAUGGUUUCGUGGGGGAAAUGGGGAUGGGGGAGAUGGGGGAACAAUAUAUGGGAACUGAUAGUGCGAGGAUGAGGGCUAGGGUUGUCUAUGGGGAGGAUAGUCCACAAGUUAAGAUCAAGGAAGGAACGGUGGCCGAGUGGUGGAUGCGCGAGUACGCCGCCUACAUCCCUCCCGGCUCAGUGGAGGAGUAUCUUCGCCUACUGGACCUUCAAGACGACGACUAA